AUGACUCUGAUACCAAUGAAAGAAUUUAAACAACAUUUGUCCAACAACAACACUGCAGUCAGCAGUCCAACAACAACACUGCAGUCAGCAGUCCAACAACAACACUGCAGUCAGCAGUCCAACAACAACACUGCAGUCAGCAGUCCAACAACAACACUGCAGUCAGCAGUCCAACAACAACACUGCAGUCAGCAGUCCAACAACAACACUGCAGUCAGCAGUCCAACAACAACACUGCAGUCAGCAGUCCAACAACAACACUGCAGUCAGCAGUCCAACAACAACACUGCAGUCAGCAGUCCAACAACAACACUGCAGUCAGCAGUCCAACAACAACACUGCAGUCAGCAGUCCAACAACAACACUGCAGUCAGCAGUCCAACAACAACACUGCAGUCAGCAGUCCAACAACAACACUGCAGUCAGCAGUCCAACAACAACACUGCAGUCAGCAGUCCAACAACAACACUGCAGUCAGCAGUCCAACAACAACACUGCAGUCAGCAGUCCAACAACAACACUGCAGUCAGCAGUCCAACAACAACACUGCAGUCAGCAGUCCAACAACAACACUGCAGUCAGCAGUCCAACAACAACACUGCAGUCAGCAGUCCAACAACAACACUGCAGUCCAACUCGAUCAGUUCACCAUAA